CUCUCUCUCUCUCAACAAAACUCGCUAAAUUGCAUCGCAUGUUAUUCUCUCUCUCCCCCAAAACUCCAAACCCAUCACUCUCCCUCUGCCCCCUCCUCAAUUGCAACGAUCUGCCUUGCAUCUUCUCCUCCGUCCGUUUCCAGUCCCAUGCGUAAUCAUCUUUCGGGAUUGAAUCUCUCGAUCUCCUGCCGCCCUCAGCGAGUUCGACUCCAGCCAGUGAGAGAAAUGUAGGCGCCGCAGAUCGCCCCAAAAUCCCUGCUCUAUCGAAAAUCCAAUCUUUUUUCAGCCCGAAUCCGACUCUUCCUGCAGUAAAGUUUGGAUUUUAAGAAGCUUUUCCGACGUGCGAGAUUUCUGUUCACCAGUCUCCAGGAAGCCGGUUCGUCUUCACAGACGUUUCGGUUCGUUCGCAUUGCUUCAAAGAUCCAUCCAAACUCUCCGCGCCGUUCGCACCCCGACGAAGCUGCGGUCGCUUGGGGGGAGAUGAAGAGUCUGCAGUGCUUCAAGCAGAGCAGCGGCGGCGGGAAUGGUUGCGGGCCGGGGAAGCGGCUGGAGCGGCGGCUGUCGCUGGGCGAGUACAAGAAGGCGGUGUCGUGGUCCAAGUACCUGAUAGCUCCGCCGGGCGCCAGGAUCCGCGGCGGCGGCGAGGAGCUCUGGAGCGCCGACCUGUCCAAGCUGGAGAUCCGGGGCAAGUUCGCCUCAGGCCGCCACAGCCGCGUUUACUCCGGCAGGUACUCCGGCCGUGAGGUGGCCAUCAAGAUGGUCAGCCAGCCAGAGGAGGACGCUGCGCUUGCCACCGAGCUCGAGCGCCAGUUCGCCUCCGAGGUCGCGCUCCUCCUCCGCCUCCACCACCCCAACAUCAUCUCGUUUGUUGCAGCAUGCAAGAAGCCACCAGUAUUCUGUAUCAUCACCGAGUACAUGGCAGGGGGCUCCCUUCGUAAAUAUCUGCAUCAGCAGGAGCCUCAUUCAGUUCCCAUCGAAUUAGUGCUGAAAUUAUCUUUAGAUAUUGCUCGAGGGAUGAGCUACCUCCACUCUCAGGGUAUACUUCAUAGAGACCUGAAAUCAGAGAAUAUACUUCUGGGAGAAGAUAUGUCUGUUAAAGUGGCAGAUUUUGGGAUUUCAUGCUUGGAAUCACAGUGUGGAAGUGGCAAGGGGUUUACAGGAACCUACAGGUGGAUGGCUCCAGAAAUGAUCAAAGAGAAACAUCAUACUAGGAAAGUUGAUGUGUACAGCUUCGGAAUCGUCAUGUGGGAGAUUUUGACUUCUCUGGUUCCGUUCAGUGACAUGACUCCUGAGCAGGCUGCUGUUGCUGUUGCACUAAAGAAUGCUAGGCCACCACUGCCUGCUUCAUGCCCUGUGGCAAUAAGCCACCUGAUAAUGCAAUGCUGGGCGACCAACCCGGACAAAAGACCUCAGUUUGACGACAUAGUUGCGAUCCUUGAGAGCUACAAAGAAGCCCUUGACGACGACCCAUCAUUCUUCUUGUCAUACAUACCACCUCCACCGCACCACAGCCAUCAUCAUCAUCACCACCACCAUCACCACCACCAUCACCAUCAGAGCCUUCUUCGGUGCUUCCCUCGCUCCAUGAGACGAUCUGCAUCUCUGAAAGUAUGAGGCUCGGAUACGGCCUUUGUUCGUUGAUGCAAUGUACAAUAUGCACCUCUUUUCGAAUUUCUUUGUUUCUCUAUGCGCGCCCCAGCCCUCUAUUAUGCGGCAUUAGCAUGCUAUGGUUUAGUUUCUUCUUUUCUCUUGUUGGUAAAUUAUUUCCGUCAUUGAUGCCUUGAGUAAUGUAGAGAUUAGAGGCAGGCAGGCAGCUUCCGGUUAUUAUCUAUGGAUGCCAUUUGCUUUGAGUGAUGGAAAACAUGAAAGAGCCUCAGUAACUGUAAUAUAAUUCAGCUCUUCCUUAAACUCUGUUUGUGCUUCUCGAA